CCUUGCUCUUUCGUUUGAUCGUUUGGAUUAAGUUAUGUGUCUAUUGAAACACGAUGAAAGGAGGUCCAUGGCCACACGAGAUGAUCCCCGUCAACCGCUGGGGAAACUCACCAUUGAAGACUCACUCUGUUCCAAUCAUUCUCCAUCUCAACAAGUCUGUGAUCACUUCUAUACCUUCAAUUUGCGAGUCCGGUUCUCAUCCUUCCAAGUUCUAUCUUCAACCUGUUUCUCCCUCGAACAAGAUGACGAACACCCCCAUGACAACCAUGCUUCCUUUAUCCAGCUCUCAACUGACGAAGAAGCAGACCGAGAUUCUAGAAGCUGAAUUCAUCAUCAACUCACGCCCUGAUAUCACUACUAGAGAUCGGCUGUCACGCACACUCAAACUCAGUAACCUCUUGAUUCAUGUUUGGUUCCAGACCCGCCGGUUAAGCCUUCGUCACAGCCCUACUCCCAAAGUAGCAUGUCAAACGCGCAAAGACAACAUCCCCGUACAAUUACCGAUGUCCAUCUCCAACAAAACUACUGGAAAAAGGAAAUCGCCUUGCGACGUCUAUGACUACGAUUGGACGUCUCCUCCCUAUAAGAAAUCGGCCAUCAUUUCACCAUCGAUGUCUGUUAGCUCACUCUCUCCCCAGAGCUACAGUGACUGUCGACCUUCACGUCUAUCGAUGACGUCAUUAAGCUACCAUCCCUCUGGUUGUGACGCCAUUCAGCACAGAGCAUCACGUGACUUUUCCAGCGGUGCCAUCAAGCACAAAACAUCACGUGACAUUCUCAGCGGCGCCAUUCAGCACAGUGCAUCACGUGACACACCAAGUGGCGCCACCAGUUCACCGAUGUCUGUUGACUUUCUCUCCCGUAGCAGCUGUAUUACACCUGUAUGUGGAAUGCCAAUGUUUUAUCCACCAGCUGAUUUCCAAUGCGUCACGUACUCCAUUGUACAUUGAACUUUGAAUGUGAACCUCUAAAUCCUCUCAUUAUGAUGUCACAGAAAGGCUGUAAUUCAUGUCCUAUUUACUUUUGAUGUUCAAAUUAUGUACCAUUAAUCACUUUUUAUAUGUGCUUAUUAUCCCUGUAACGUUUAUGUUGUAACAGUUGUAGAAAAUUACCUAUUUGGUUUUAAAGACAAGUUAUAGCUAUUAUUGUUUUUAGAAUUGAACGCUUUUUUAUACUCGUAAACCACCUAGUUGGCCAUAUUUCACACAGCAAAGCAGAUAUAGAUAUAGAACUCAAAGAGUACAUUUCUUGUAAAUGGACGGCACUCUGUAUUCAGAAUCGAAAAUGAUGUCCAUAAUAUUUGUUGAUUUCAUGUGGAAAAAUUAAAGAUCAAUGAUGUUAGAUGUUA